AUGUCUAUCUCCUUCGCCUUCGUCGGCGCGGACGCGGACGAGCCUUUCUUCAAGAAGACUCUGGAUACCGUUGCCGAAACUUUUCCGGGGAUCGUACUCGUUGGAGAGAGUGUCGACGUGGAUGUGGACGAACCCUCUAUCACCAUUCGAUGGUCUAUCGGAGCUUGUGGUGAAGACUUCAUGCUACCUGGGUCUGCUGGGGUGCAUGGUUCGGACGCAUGUGGUCUUCCAGCAAUUCCGUUGCGCUUCUACGUGGAUAGCGAUGACGAGCCCACUGCGACAUAUGAUUCAUCUCACAUACCUUUCAAUCGAGACACUGGGCACCGAAGGAGUAUUCAAAACCUUGUCCAGUUCGAUAGCGAUCAUGUUCUCGACGUACAUGAGGCGCGACUAUAUCCGUUCGACACAUACAUGCUCUCCAGCACCAUUCGCGCCGCGAACGCCGAUAAUCAGACCGUUCCAAUCCGAAAGAUCGCCACAAUAGACAUUACCUCUAGUUUCGACAUCUUUACCACCGACUUGGAGAGUUACUCCAACUCGGAAGAUGGAAAGCAAGAACAGGCCAGUCGGGACAUCGAUCUGUAUGUCAGAAGACCGAACGAAGCCCGCCUCUUCACGCUUCUACUCUUUGCUGUGAGCUGGGUCCUCACCCAUGUGACGAUUGGCCACGUUCUUCUCGCACGAAGGGUUUCCAGCCUGAGAUCCUUGCUUCCACACCUCAUAUCCUCUGGCGCCAUCCUCAUCGCUAUUCCUCAACUGCGGGCGAGUAUGCCAGAUGCUCCUGGCUUCGAUGGGGUGUUGAUUGAUUGCAUCGGAUAUUUCCCGCAAAUGGUGAUUGUCGGACUAUCCACCGUCACACUCCUCCUGCUACUUGUCGUCCAUGAAUUCGACCGAAUGAGAACGAACGCCAGCGCCAGCGCACAUGCACAUGCCUACUCGCGAUCAUCGCGUGCAAUGUGGCCACCUCCAUACGGACCUGCAGCCUCUUUUGUUCGUCCCGAGAGACCCCCAUCCUUGUUGUCGCACUUUCCUCGCCCACCACCAUCUCCGACGGCAAAUUCCACCUCUACGGAGAUAAUGCAAUGGGAAAUGCACCGCUUAAUGAAGCAGCUGAAAGGACAGUAUGUUUUUCCACCCGUGCAGCCAACACAUCGGCUCAAACAGCCCGACGCCUCCAAGCCCUCUCACCGGAGGGUCAAGACCAUGUCCAAGAUUAUGGAAGCUGGAGAGAUUUCCCACUGGUCUGAUACUGACUAA